AUGAAGGUCUUCAUUGCCUCCGUCGCUCUGGUGUUGCUGGCCGUCGCUGACGCAUCCUACGCGGGUGGCGUUGUGUCGGGCUACGCCUCUGGUUACGCCUCGGGCUGGCCAGUGACUUCGUCGGUCGCAUACCCGUCCUACGGAGUGUAUGGCAAGUCGGUGCUUCCGUGGUCGUCCAAGUACUCGUAUCCGGCAGCCUACAAUAGCUGGCCAGUAGCCAGUAAGGUGGUGACGUACGCAGCCCCAGCCUGGUAUGGUGACAAGCAGUGGAGCUACGACGGCUACGCCUAUGGCGCUGGCUACAAUGGCUGGGACUACGGCUAUGGCGGUUACGGCAAGGCGUACCCAUCGAAGUACUGGUGCGGAGCGUCUUAUCACACCCUGUCGCUCGAAGGAUGGCCCUACGCGUAUCCGUUGGGGCCGUGGCAUGAUCUGUCGCAGGCCGAGAAGCUGACCGCCCCGGUACCGAUCGUUCCCGUUGUAGCCGCACACCUCGCCUCCUAUCCCGGCGCGACAGCGAUCAUGGCUACACGGGGCUCCAUACACAUCGCACCACUUCCAGGACACUCGGUGUCACAGUUCCAGUACAACUUUGACGCACCACCGGGAACGUUCUGAGCAUGAGCGAAAAGCCCGACAGAUACUUCGCAAUAAAUAGCUUUAUUCGUUAGCCAAACCACAGACAC